CAACGGUGCGCCGCACCAAUGAACGGACGCUGAUGACGCAAGACUCCCCGGAAAUGGCCCAGUAUCCUCUUGGAAAUAUCACACACACCCAAAGAUAAGAGGUGCUAUGACCAAUUUUCAAAACCAAAAAUCACCCCUCCUUCAAAACUUACUCUGCCCUUAUUUAUCGCAUCAGCAUAAGUGCCUCACCCCGAAUGUCCUCAGAAGCUCUGCCCUUAAUAGCGCCCUCUAAAGCUGAUCGGUUGCACGAAACAAUCUUUGAUGCCUCCACUGGCGCCCCAGGCAUUGUCGCCAAUGAGUUAGCCCAUGACCCCGAGUUCGUCCCCGAAAUUGAGCAAGAUACGCAUCCUCAUGGGUAUGGGAGUACCAUCGACCCCACUGCCACCCAAGAUGAGGACGCAGACUACGCGUUACCUCCACGGGAACUCUACCUUGUCUUUUCCUCGUUGUUUAUGGGCAUCUUUUUAGCGGCACUUGACGGGACGGUGGUCACAACUCUACUUACUGUCAUCUCGUCUGAUUUAAAUGCCGUGUCAAACAUCUCGUGGAUUGCGACCGCGUACCUCCUCUCCUGCGCUGCCUUCCAACCAUUGUUUGGGAAGUUGUCCGAUAUUUUUGGUCGCAAGUGCUUAAUUAUCUUGUGCAAUAUCUGCUUCGCAAUUGGUUGUUUGAUGUCAACUACCGAUAAUGUCUGGACCCUAGUCUUUGCAAGACUUGUUACAGGUAUCGGCGGAGGUGGGAUGACUUCUCUCGCGACUAUUACCAUGUCUGAUUUGGUCUCCUUACGUAAGAGAGGCCUCUAUCAGGGUAUUGGUAAUCUCUUCUUUGGGCUUGGUGCUGCCAGUGGUGGGGUCAUGGGUGGGAUUGUUGCUGAUAUUUUGGGCUGGAGAGCGGUGUUUCUUCUCCAGGCUCCAAUUGCCAUUAUAAGCGCGGCCUUCGUAUACAAGUACUUGAAUUUACCAGAGGGUUCCCCUGGAUUGGGCUACCAUGGGUCCGACAUGAUGACCAAAUUCCGCUGUGUCGACUUCCUAGGGUCGUCAUUGUUAGUCUUAUCCGUGGGCGGAAUCAUGGCAGCAGCUUCCUUAGGGGGCAAGGAGUUUGCUUACAACAGCUAUCCGUUUGUGGCAUUGUUGGCAACUUCCGUCUUGUUUUUACUAGCAUUUGUCUAUGUUGAGCUUUAUGUCUCGCCCGAACCAACCAUUCCCGUGAGAUUGCUAGCUGACAGAACAGUACUCUGCUCCUCCCUUGCCAAUUGGUUUUUUACGAUGGCAUGUUAUGUGGGGCUCUACUAUGUCCCAAUCUUCUUUACCUCAGUCUUGGGUAACACCCCUACCCAGAAUGGACUAAGAUUGAUUCCCAACACGAUUGCCGCUUCAGCGGGUUCUCUUAUUUCGGGAAUUUACAUGAAGAAAACCGGUAGGUACUAUCGGUACAUUGUUGUAACUAGUUCCUUUUCUGUUUUUGGGUUCUUCUUCUUAACCCAAAUGACUCCCACCAUGUCCAACUUUAAGCAGUUUACCGUGCUGCUUUUGCCCACCUUUGGCUACUCCAGUGUAGUCACAGUGACGUUACUUGCAUUAAUUGCCGCGGUGCCUGCCUCUCACCAAGCGGCCACCACCUCCAUCCAGUAUGCGUUCAGGUCAACAGGGUCCACCUUGGGGGUCUCCAUCGCCUCGGCAAUCUUUCAGCACUUGCUUAAAGCGCGAAUCUUGAUAAAUUUUGACAACCUCCUCCGUGAGAACCCCAAAUUAGCAGAGAAGUACAACAUUGGAGAAAUCAUUUCCAAGUCUUUGGAUAAUACAGAUUACAUCUACGAAGCCCCAAAGGUGUUCAGAACCGCAAUCAGAAUGGCGUACAGCUCUGGCUGUCACGGUGCCUUCUACUUCGCCUUUGGAACCGUCAUCUUGGGCUAUCUUUCUUGUAUUGGUAUGAGAGAGCACACGUUGCACACCUCUAUAAAGAGGAAGUAGUUUGUAUGCUACAUUACUUCAGUUUCUGAUUUAUCUGAGUAUGUGGAGUUCUAAGAGGUGAGUUACUGGGCGGAGCCAUGAAUUUAACUUAUAGAGCCUGAAACUUGAGCUCGAAAGCGUAAGCUGACCUGUUUUGAGUCUGACUGUGCUAUGCUUUAAAGUGAGUGUAUAGUAUUUUUGUAGCUAUGUAUCGUAGUGACCCUGUAUUUAUUUUCUCUCCUUCAUAACCAUAAUCGCAG